CACAGCCGGUCCGGGCGGUGCGCUGCGGCCGGGGCGCUUCGCAGGAUGGGGAUAAUAGCACCUUCCUCUUUGCUGCCUGGCACCUGCUAAUUGCUCAGAAAUGACUUAGAGGCCUUACAAUUACAUCUGUGCAUUCUUGCUUCAGACUUCACAAUUGAGGGCCAACCCAGUCUGGAAGCACCUCUUAUUAAUGUUACAAGGAAACCGCUACCUCAGCAAACAGAAGGCAAGGAGGAGAAGACUUACAAUAACAAAUGCCAUUUUUUUAAAACAAAAGCUUGUUUUCAGAAAAUAUUAAAGGAAAUUUGGAAAUUUUUCGCAUUGAGAAGAAGCUUUACAGGUAAAUGGAUUUGGCAGGCAGGCUCUGUCAAAAUUCAGCAGAGGUUUGAGCUUCCUUCUUCAGGACUUAGUGUGAAGUAAUUCUGUACUACUUUUUAAAUCGCUGUUGAUCAGCUUGAGGGUUUUUGGGUUCUAACUUUUCUGGUAUAUUAAAGAUACAUUAUAUUACAUUUUUUUAAAGUUAAGUUAUUUUUCUGCCAUGGUAAAUACACGUAUCAAAAUAUUCUUGCAAAGCAAUUAUAGGUAAGCAUUUUUCUCAGCAAGCAUAUCUUUUUAUGAAGAGAGUGGAAUGCUAACAGCUCUUCUACAGCAUUUUGGACACAUAUUUUUUGUCAGAGGUCAUGCCUACACUGAAAAUAUUAACUAUAUAAACCUGUUGUCCUCCUCAUAUCUACGUUGGAUCACAUGGUCACCUGCCUCAUGGAAAUGCCUUUUUUAAAGCUUAGAUUUUCAGAACUCCACUAUUUUUAUACCUAGCUACAGUUUGGGGAAAAAAAUAAAACAGACUCAGAACCCUGACCUGCUCACGGUCACUGGGACAGUUCCCUCUCCCGUAUGUAUUGCUGCAGUGCCCAAGACAGCAAAAUGGACUACAAGCGGCGCUUCCUGCUUGGCGGGUCCAAGCAGAAGGUGCAGCAGCACCAGCAGUACCCGAUGCCCGAGCUGGGCCGAGCACUGAGUGCUCCCCUGGCAUCUACGGCCACCACUGCCCCCCUGGGCAGUCUGACUGCUGCAGGCAGCUGCCACCAUGCCAUGCCCCACUCCACUCCCAUCGCCGACAUCCAGCAGGGCAUCUCCAAGUACCUGGACGCCCUCAAUGUCUUCUGCCGUGCCAGUACUUUCCUCACAGAUCUCUUCAGCACUGUGUUCAGGAACUCUCACUACUCCAAGGCAGCCAUGCAACUGAAGGAUGUGCAGGAGCAUGUCAUGGAAGCAGCCAGUCGGCUGACUUCAGCCAUAAAGCCCGAGAUCGCCAAGAUGCUGAUGGAACUGAGUGCUGGGGCCGCAAACUUUACAGAUCAGAAGGAAUUCAGUCUCCAGGACAUUGAGGUGUUGGGGCGAUGUUUCUUGACCGUGGUGCAGGUCCAUUUCCAGUUUUUGACCCAGGCGUUACAGAAGGUCCAGCCAGUGGCUCACUCUUGCUUUGCCGAGGUAGUUGUGCCAGAAAAAAAGAACAGCAGCAGUGGCGGCAGCUUAUCUGGCAUGGGCCACACACCUGAACUGGAGGAAGCUGUGCGAUCCUGGCGGGGGGCUGCUGAGGCUACGUGUAGACUAAGAGAAAGAGGCUGUGAUGGCCGCCUGGCGGGAAUUGAAGUUCAGCAGCUCUUCUGUUCUCAAAGUGCAGCAAUUCCUGAGCACCAGCUAAAAGAACUAAACAUAAAAAUCGACAGUGCUUUGCAAGCAUAUAAAAUAGCUCUGGAAAGCUUAGGCCACUGUGAAUAUGCAAUGAAAGCUGGUUUCCACCUGAAUCCAAAGGCAAUUGAAGCCAGUUUGCAGGGCUGCUGCAGCGAGGCAGAAGCACAGCAGACAGGGCGGAGGCAGACGCCCCCACAGCCCAUGCAGUGUGAGCUGCCCACUGUCCCGGUGCAGAUCGGAUCGCACUUCCUGAAGGGUGUCUCCUUCAACGAGUCAGCCGCCGACAAUCUGAAACUUAAGACGCAUACAAUGUUACAACUGAUCAAGGAGGCAGGUUGCUAUAAUGGCAUCACACCAAGGGACGAUUUUCCUGUGACUGAAGUACUGAACCAGGUGUGCCCAUCCACAUGGCGGGGCGCCUGCAAGACUGCCGUGCAGCUGCUGUUUGGCCAGGCUGGACUGGUGGUAGUUGACACGGCACAGAUAGAAAAUAAAGAAGCCUAUGCCCCCCAAAUCAGUUUAGAAGGCUCCAGAAUCGUGGUUCAAGUCCCGUCCACAUGGUGCCUGAAAGAAGACCCCGCGACCAUGUCCCUGCUGCAGAGAAGCCUGGAUCCCGAGAAGACCCUGGGUCUGGUGGACGUGCUCUACACGGCUGUCCUGGACCUCAACCGCUGGAGGGCAGGGAGGGAACAGGCUCUACCCUGCAUACAGAUCCAGCUUCAAAGGGAGAUCUGUGAUUUUGGGAAUCAGGCUGACCUGCCUCCUGGAAAUGGAAACAAAUCUUCAGGUGGCCUGCAGAAGACAUUCUCCAAACUGACAUCCCGGUUCACCAAGAAGGCUUCAUGUACCAGCUCUAGCAGCAGCACAAAUUAUUCCAUCCUCAGUACCCCUUCCAAAAACAUCUUCAUAGCUGGGUGUUCAGAAGAGAAAGCCAAAGUGCCCAGUAAUAUCGACUCAAGGUUACAGAGCAUUUUGAACAUUGGUAAUUUCCCUAGGACUACAGACCCUUCGCAGUCAGCCCCGAGUUCCAGUAAUCAAAUGGCCAAUGGUUUUCUCACGGAGAGGCAUGACAGCUUUCUGCGAGGGGAUGACAGCAAGGAUGAGAAGGGUAUGAACUUACCCACAGACCAGGAAAUGCAGGAGGUGAUAGACUUUCUCUCGGGCUUUAAUAUGGGCCAGUCACAUCAGGGCUCUCCAUUAGUGACGAGGCGUAAUUCUGCUGCCGCAGCCAUGGUGACUGAGCAGAAGGCAGGAGUCAUGCAGCCACAGCAGCCACCACUGCCAGUGCCCCCUCCACCGCGGCCACCCCAGGCUGGGACGCACACACCUCUGACACCCCAGCCAGGCCUGGCACCCCAGCAGCAGUCCCCAAAGCAACAACAGCCCCAGGUCCAGUACUACCAACACCUGCUACAACCCAUUGGACCGCAGCAGCCCCCGCCCCAGCCUCGGGCCCCUGGGAAAUGGGUACAUGGCUCAUCCCAGCAGCUAGCACAGCCUGUUGGAGCAGGUCUGUCUCCUCUUGGCCAGUGGCCUGGCAUCUCUGAUCUCAGUUCCGACUUGUACAGCUUGGGUCUGGUGAGCAGCUAUAUGGAUAAUGUGAUGUCAGAGGUGUUGGGACAGAAGCCACAGGGACCUAGAAAUAACACGUGGCCAAACCGUGACCAAAAUGAAGGAGUCUUUGGAAUGUUGGGAGAGAUUCUGCCUUUUGAUCCUGCAGUGGGUUCAGACCCCGAGUUUGCACGCUAUGUGGCAGGAGUGAGCCAAGCAAUGCAGCAGAAGCGGCAAGUCCAACAUGGUCGCCGCCCAGGCAACCCCCGGGGACACUGGCCACCCAUGGAUGAUGCCCAUCGGACCUGGCCUUUCCCAGAGUACUUCACAGAAGGGUUUGACCUUCGUACAAGAGACAAGAGACCACUUUUUGGUUGUGAGAUGAGUACAGGGGAUGGCCUGCACAGCGGCUGGUCGGGUACUCAGGGAGACUCGGCCAGCUCGAGUGACGAGACGUCCUCCGCCAAUGGAGACAGCCUGUUCUCCAUGUUUUCAGGGCCUGACCUCGUUGCUGCUGUCAAGCAGAGAAGGAAACACAGCAGCGGAGAGCAGGAGACCAGCACACUGCCCUCACCACCUCUUCUUACCACAGUGGAGGACGUGAAUCAGGAUAACAAAACCAAAACAUGGCCACCCAAAGCACCCUGGCAACACCCUUCCCCGCUGCCCAGCACACUGCCUAGCCCAAGUGCACCACUCUAUGCAGUCGCCAGCCCUGGCAGCCAGUGGAACGACACCAUGCAGAUGCUGCAGUCCCCAGUGUGGGCUGCGACCAGCGAUUGUAGCACCGCCUCCUUCGCCUACGUGCAGAGUCCACCGCAGGCCCCACCCCCACCAGCACACAAGGCAGCAUCCAAGGGCUUCAAGGCCUUCCCCGGGAAGGCUGAGCGCAGGCCGGCCUACUUGCCCCAGUACUGACCCAGGUCAGCCCACCUGCCUGCCCAAAGCUUUUGGGGACAGUGACCCUACCCCAGGGCUGACUAGCUGGCACUAGCCCCCCAGAGGACCAGUGCACCCCUGUCCCAGGCAGGGAUCCUUGGGCAUGGGGGUGGUUGGCAGCUCUAAGUCUUUCAGGCCUGGCUUCUCACACUUUGGAGGCAUCAGAGCCCUGAAGGGCCAGCUGCAGGCUGAGGUCUCUGACCCUCCUCAGGGAAAUGCGGGGGAUCUUCGAGCUUAAUGAGCCCUUCUGGUGAUUCUGAUGCAGGUGGGCCACGGGCCACACUUUGAGAAACACAGCUCUCAAGUUUGUAGUCCCACUGUGUGUGUGUGCUGGGAAGGCAUCAGACCUGAAGGCUGAGAGCAAAACUGACCAUUCUUUUGAAACCUUCCCUUUCCCCCUCCUAAACACAUUGAGUGAUGACCACACCAAUCACUGUAUUUUAUAGCUAUUUUUCAUAUAGGUUUUUAGUUAAAACAUCUCCUGCCUAAAAUGCUUUGAGUAUUUGGAGGUUAACAAAUAUAGCAGCUGGAGGUUUGUUCAACACUAUUUUUUAUUUAAGCUUAUACAAAAUAGACAACAUAUAGACUAUUCGUGAUCAGGAGCAAUCACCUGGGUUUUCUGUGGGUGGGCAGCCCCUCAGCACCCCCGCAGCACCCAGGGGGUGCAGCCUUUACUGGAUUUACAAAAGCAGGAUCAUAAAACUGAUGUCAGAGGCAUAUUCAUGAUGGUGCAUGGAAAUGAGCCAGCUAGCUGCUGUCUGCGUGCAGGAUAAAGCUAUACCCGCUGCCCUCAGCUCCUUCCACAUAGGGCCAGGGGCUUCAGCAUGGUCUCAGAACUUCGGGGUGUGGUCAAGGGCUGCACAGAGACACCUGCACUUGGAACUGCAGUAACAUUUAUGAGCUGGCUCAAGACAAACCAGUUAAGAUAUAGGUAAGAAUUUAAAGUAUUUUCUUCAAAAGACAAAAAAGAAAAAGAAAACCACCUCAUUUUUAGUUAGCAUGUGCCAUUAAAUAGAUAACAUCCUGUGGAUUUAGGGAUAUUUUCCAGCCAGAAUGGAUCCAGAAGAAUUGAAUGGUGCUUAAAUUGAGAAAUAAUAAUAAAUAUAUCUAUAUAGAGUAGACAUAUCCCACUGUAUAUUAAUUGAGGUUACAGAAGUUCUUUAUAUAAAACUUAUUUAAAUUUUUCAUAUUUCAUCUUUGAAAAAGUCUAAUUGAGAAAAAUCCAUAAUAUUUUCUGGUAUGAAAGUUUGACAGUAUUAAUAUUUUUUUUAUAUUUUCUUAAAUCAUUAAACCAUUUUAAUAUAUGUUAACUACUAAUAAAUGGUUUAUUCUUUCUAACUCCAUAUAAGCUUUUCCAGCAAAGAUUGUAAUAACACAUUUAUGUUCUCAUUUUUCUACGGACAUAAGUAAAUUUAUAUUUAAAAAUACCAAAAAGAAAAAAAAUAUAUAUAUAUAUGUAUACACACUAAUUAUAAAGGACCCUUAGGGUGUCUGAGCCCAGCCAUCUGAAUUUUCAGUACUGUGUUGCCAGGCUGUUUCCAGGCCUCGGGUGUUGUCUUGUGCUGUGUGGGGAUGCCAUUGCUGCCUGUGCUUAUGAUCCUUUCACCGUGGGUUCUAAACAUUCACCUCACCAUGUUUACAGAGAACUAUUUUGUACAUAGACUUGUUCAGGCACGUGCUUUGCACCAACCCUGCGUGGCUCUUGUCCGUGUUCGAUGUCACAGUGUGUGCACUAAUCUCUGUUGAAGUUGUCCGUGGCUGUUUGACUUGUAAGAUAGUUUUCUAUUUCCUUCAGUAACGUGUUCACAGUACCCUGUAUUUCCAGUUCUAUUAGACUGAAGUACUCUUGUUUUAAUAGUGCCUCCCCAAGACCUCACCCUGGUCAGAGGUCCGUCCUUGAUGCCCCAGUGCAGCUGACAUCAACAUUGCUCAUCGUCCCUUUCUAGUCUGUUUUUCUUAAGACGUUUUGUAAUUGCAUCUCCAUGGGCUGUGAGACUGUGUGAAGUUGUUUGUGUGUGGUCUCCUGGUAGGUGCUGUGUUCUCAGUACCACCUUGCUCUGAACACUGGUAAUUCCAGGUGCUGCGCUUGGCAAUCGUCUCGCCAAAGCGCAUGUGUGUGAGUGUGUGUGUCCGUUGCGUGGCCGGGCGUGGCUGCCUUGCUCAGGCAUCAGCAGGACACCGUGUGAAUAGUUACAACGCUUCCAAACUGGAACUAUACGUUUUGUAUCUUUUAAAGCUCCUAUAAGUAAAAUAACUAUUGGCUUUAUUAAAAAUAUACAUUUAAUAAUA